UUCCACGUGACAUUCAUACUGCUUUUUCAUUGGACUGUAGGAACAAACUAUUUCCUGUCUGCUCAUGUGAUCGAGAAUAUAGUGUUGACAAUCUGAGUCAGUGGUCAUGUCCAGCAGGUACCCGAUAGUGGUGCAGGGCGAGGCAUCAGAAACAGACUCCGAUGAUGAGGUUUACAUCACCUCCCUGCCAGCUCCACAGACGGCCAUUGCGGGAGCCAAGGUUCAAGGGGAAGCUUCUGAAACGGAGAGCGAGGAUGAAGGGGAGACGGCACACCGAGGUUCUGCACUGAGUCACGAAAGUGCUCAGAUACUCAAAAGAGAUCUACCUCCACUUAUUGUUGUGAGAGAUCACCCUGAUAUACAAUCAGUUGUGGAAGACAGACCAAGCCCUACACAUAAAACUUUUGGUGAUACAUUAUUACAGCAGAAGUUGCAGGAGUCGAACAGCCGGCUCUAUUCCGAUGUGGGACAGAUGGUGCGACACGUUUAUGGUAGUGCCAGCAAAGAGGUGCGCAGUGCAACAGCACAGCUUAACACAUCACAGAGCGCCAUCAUCAAUGCUUCCCACAGCAUCCGUCUGAUUUUGGAUGACCUGAAGGCCGUGUCUGAGAAGAUUGACAUUAUCACCAGCUGUCAGAUAUUACCUGAGUUUAAGAUGAGCCAUUCAGAGGAGAAAAGCAGUCCUGCAUCCUGAUGAAAAGAAUAACUACAGAUGUUAUGCAUUUGAGCAAAUGAAACUGUUGAUCAGCUUGAUUGGUUUGCUUAUCUUGUUUGUAAAAGGCAUAUAUUAUUAUUAUUAUUAUUAUUGUUAUUAUUAUUUGAUAUGAAUUGAUGCUGAUUGGAAUAUUUAUUUAAUAAUCUACAGUAGCUCAUGCAUUUCUUAAACAGUAGUCAAACUUGAACUGCAGGUCUUUUUUCUGUGUACAUUGUUAAAUUCUGUUUUAUUUUAUGCAUCAUGCUAUAACAUUACCGGUAUACAAUGGAAACUUUAAUUCAUAUAAACACAUAACAAAUGUAAUUGCCGAUAAUCACUGUACUGUUCUAUGCAUCCCACCUACCUAAAAAUAAAUUUUUUUGAAAACGCUUCUUAGACUUAAGUAAAAAUAAAUGUGAGAAUAGACAUUAUGACAGAUUCAUGUUAUUUCAGGGUUAAAAAAAAUGUGCUGUACUCAUUUAAAAUUUCAAAUACAAGUUAAGCAGAACUAUUUGUAAAGAUACUGGUAUGUGGCUCAUAACCACAGUAUAGAACUACAUGUACAGUAUGUUAAAGUUUGCAAAGGCUGAGGAUUUUAAAUUCAACAAAUACACCUAAAUAUACAAAUAUUGGCUGGUAACCAGUUCAGGGUGUCCCCCGCCUACUGCCCGAAGACGGUAUAGGCUCCAACACGCUCACAAUGCUCAUGUGGUACAGGUCGACUGUACUCUAGCCUAUGCUUCCCUCGGGGCACUCCUGGGGUCAGUUCCAGCAGCCGUGCGUCCCUUGUGCGAAUAAAGCGGUUCAUAUAAUGGA